GUCUUGAUUCAACUUUCGAUCCCGUUGGUUUAGUUUUUGGUGUGAUACGCGCGCACCCGUGGUUCGAAUCACAUCAGCUGAUUUGUUUACGUUGCUAGUGACUGGAUUACCGUAAUGUGAUGAAAGUGGUGUUUUUGAUGCAAUGGUAGUAUGACCGCAUGCAGUGAGAGUGAGCGGUGAACACAACAAAUACAUUCAACGUGUUCAAUUAAUUGCGUGCAAUGAGCUUAGGUGUACUGUGGAGUAUGAAUACUAGGUCUUGUUCUUCGUCGUUAGCUGUAAACAGUAAAGUGAUUGCGUCGUGAUUAGCUUUGUUUACAUUCGGUCUGCUAGCGAUUGGUCAAGCAGGGUCAUCAGUGCGUAUCGUAGAAUUGCACACACAGCGCUAGUGCUUAUUUCAAUUAUUUUUGCCAGUAUCUUUGCUAUGGAGAGGAUAAAUGUGACGAGGAUCCAAUUUCCAGCAAGAACAUAAACAUAUCCUGAAUGGCUGAACUGAGCUGGUGGAACUCACCCACCCGUUUGCGUUUUUUAAUUGAGUAAUAAAAAGUGAAACAAAUUAAACGGUUGCCGAGCACUGUUCAACUGAGAUGAAAUUUAAAGGUCAAUUCCGCUAAUAGAAUAAGCGAUUGCUCUUAAUUAGUGUUCUGAAAGACCAUAGCUGGUGUUUGUUUUGUUGGAAGUUUUUUUUUACCAGUAAUCGGUUAUAAAGUUGGAAGCGAGAAUAUAGCCAGUGAUCCUAGCUUUUAGUUUUCGAUAGUGAUUAGGGUUGGUUCGGCAGUCAGUGUAAAUUAUAUACCUCCUGUACCAUCGAAAUAGGUGGGAAGUCCGCGAUUCUAUACAAAAACUGAGGUUUAAGUAGAGUAGCUAGCGUGGAAGAGUAAAUGCGUAACGAAAGCCGAGCUGAACAUCUUGGAUCGGACGGGAUCAAUUUGUGAUGGUUGGAUAUGUUGUACGCGUCUCGUUGCUUUUGUUCAAGCCGAAAGUGUUUUGAAAGAAACUCAUUUCCUUACCAAAGCGGUAGGGGAUGAUGAUGGCUGCAAAUAGAACCUCCACUCCAACCCGUUCCCAACAACCAGUGGUGUGGCAAUAAUAGUGAAAAACAAGAGGAAACAUUCAAUUACCCGCUCGAGAAAACAAGGUGAAGCGGUGAUUGAACCGAUGAGAAUUGGUUAAGACCCCCCUGGAGCUGUCUGAUGACUUGGAAAACUGCCUCCUAACGGGCGGUGGCUGCUCCAAUAUCAGACGAAAUUUAUCCGAUAUACGCUGCUAAGACUGUUGCCGUAAUCGACAGCAAACGAGCUAUAAUUCAACACAGGAUGGGAGUUUUACUAGUAGCAGCCACUGUGGUGUGCUGUCAGCUGGUGCUGCUGGAAAGCACUGCUACCGGAAAUCAUCACAACACGUCACACUCGAAAGACUGUUCCACCCUCCACCCAUCGUGUGUUCGCUGCAACGAGCGCGGUUGCGUCAAAUGCUCCGAUCUGCUACGGAUCGACACCCGCGAAUGCGUGGGCGACUGCCCCGGUGGCUAUGUUGCCCAGUGGUCCUCAACGUCGGAGUUCAUGGGCCGGGUCUGUUACCCGGUAGGUUUCUCCGGUUCCUUUCUAGCCGCCGUGGUUGGAAUCGCUGCCGGAGCCGUUCUGUGCAUUGCACUCAUCAUCGCAGCUAUGGCCGUUAUCCGGCGGAAGCAGAAGCAGAAAAAGUAUCGCGAAACCUUCAUCGAUGAGAACAUCGAUCGGUUGGAGUUUCUCAAACAGUUGGAUGAACUGCGCCCGCAGGCGGAAUGUUUUCUGCAAAUGCUGAACGACACGCGACGUCAGAUUCGAAAGCUCCACCUAGCGGGCGACAGCACUGGUGCUGCCAGUUACCACCCGGUGGUUCGUGACUUGGCUAAAAUUCUAAUACUGCUCAACAAACCGGUUGAACUAAUCAGUUCACCGCCACACGACUGGCAGCGUCUGUACGUGUGGGCAGAGAAGGUUCUCGACCGUUAUAAACCAGAACUUACACAGCUGAUAGAGUUCCUCCAGCAGCCAUCGAUUCCAUCGUCCGCCUCGGACCCCCGGUUGGGUACCAGCGAACAUUCCACUUUCAAGAGCAAAUUCAGCGGCAGCUCAACGGGCGCCAACGAAAGUGAUACCUCGCCAAACUUGAGCGUCAAGAAUCAGCGUAAUCUACUACAGCCAGAAUCGGCCAACGGUAGGCAUCGAGAGCAGAACCAUUUCCUCGGUUCGCUCAUCAGCCUGCACGAGUUUGACGAACGGUCGUCUACGUCACAUGGCACCGGUCACACCGGCAAUCCAUUCGGGGACACCUUCGAUCACGUGCGGUCCUAUUUGUCCACAUCGGGCAUCAACGACAGCUCCCUCUGGCUGCAGGAUGAGUUCUUCAAGCUUGGCUUUCGACCGCAGGACGAGAUCACGACGGAACUGUAGAAGGCCCGCACCUACUCGGUGACCCAUUCUAUUCCGAAAGUGCAGGGAUGCGAAACGUUGUAAAUAGACACCGCGCAAUGACCGUGCAGAAGAUGAGAGAAGCAUAAAAGCGAUACAAUCACGAAACUAGUCACAACAAUUGAAUAUUUGAAUAAGAUGUUUUUUCUAAUUUAAUUUCACUUUUGAGAACAUAUUUGCGUAUAGUGAAGAAACAGGUUAAUAUAUAUUAUCGAUUGGUAAUUUUUGAAGAAAGCGUUGAUUUAUAUAUAAAAUAUAAGAAUCCGAGAAAAUUAGAGAGUUCACAGUUUAAACGAGUCCCAGUGUAAAUUGUUUUUUUUUUUUGAUUAUGCAUAUUUAUCCAAAUGUGCCCCAGCCGGGCUUCUCUAGUAGAGAAGUCUUUUCGGCGGUUAUUGUAUAGUCAACCAAAAGACAAUAUUGAAUAAGUAUUUCAACCACCGCUGAUUUACAUUUGGUAGAAUUACGAGCGAGUAUAAAUAUAAAUACAUAUUACAAGAGUAA